AUGGAGACCGUCCGGGUGUUGCGCACCAUCUCCCGAGAGUCUUUUGCAACCAAUCGAGACCGGAUCGAAGCCGUGAAUGCGUGUCAAGCGCUGCUGACCAGGCUGCAAGAUCCUUUCGAGCGCGUUUGGGAAAUCGUUAUCGACGUUCCCGCCCUCACGGCUUCCGUCAAGUUGUGUUUGGACAUUGGGCUCUUUCAGUCCUGGAAAGAGUCUGGCGAUACGCAACAGAGCUGUCGCGACCUAGCGAAGAUGAUCGGCUUCAAGCAAGUCGACGUGCUCAGCCGUAUCCUGAAGCAUCUUGCCGCACACGCCGUCGUCGAAGAGGUCACCGCCGACACCUACAAGCAGACUCGUUUCUCCGACGCCUUGCUGACAUCUGCUGGCGCAGGCAUCGACUACUUUUAUGAUACCUCGGCGAAGCUGUACCUCAACCUCCCAGAGUACUUCCGCAGUCACUCCUAUGAUCCCCCUUCCGGCCCUCGCGACGGGCUUUUCCAACGCACCUUCGCUUGCCAAGGACUGACCGCCUUUGAUUUUUACGGUGCGCCUGAGCAGCAGGACAUGUCGAACACCUUCAACGAGUGGCUCAAAGCCUAUCGUCUCCAUCGCGACCCGUGGACUGACCUGUACCCUCCAGAGAACAUCCUCGCCGGGUACAGUCAGGGACCGCUCAUUGUUGAUGUCGGGGGCAAUCUUGGAGAAGACUUGGAGCUUUUUCGACGGAAGUAUCCCGCACACGGUCAGCAACUGAUCCUGCAAGACCUUCCUGACAAAGUGGCACGCGCAACUUGUUCAGCAGAGGUCCAGCGCAUGGCGCACAACUUCUUCACAGCGCAGCCCAAGUUGGCGCGGGGUGCCCGUGUCAUCAUCCACGACUGGGACGAUUCGGACGCGGGGCGGAUUUUGGGCCACAUCAGGGAUGCAAUGAUCCCCGGGUACAGCAAGCUGCUGAUCAACGACGUCAUUAUCCCGGUACGCCAGCCAUCCCGCCGCGACACGUCCGUGGAUGUGCACAUGAUGGUGAAGCUGGGUGGCAGGGAGAGGACGGACGACAUGCUGCGUGGCCUAGUCGAGAAGCUUGGGCUAAAGGUAUGUGGUGGCCAGGUCGGAGGCCCAAAUCGCAAAAUUCAAGGUCGGCGAGGCUCGUGA